GCCCUUGGCUUAYGAACCUGUUUCUGCUCUCUGGACACCACUACCUGGAUUGUGAUUUGGAUUUGUUUUUGGAUUUCUGACCUCCCGGCUCUGACCUUGGACUGCCCUCUGGAUUACCGUAACCAGUCAGCUCCCUUACCCGGCUCUGAGUCUUCCCGGACCAUCAUCAGUUCUGGACUCACCUACACAAGUCCAUUUGUAGAGGGAAGACCCAUCAGGUGUCAAUGGGACUUCCUCUUGCGCACAUCCAGCUAUGCACCAUUUUUCCUCAGGUUUGUUAUUUCCAUUUUAUGGCAGUAUGAAAUAGGCUAUCGAUUCAACUUGCUCUAUUUCAACUUUGGCCAAGAUUGGAUUUUUUUYCCUCUUCUUUCUUCCCCCCCUUUUUUUAACGAGCUGGGCUGGGCUGAAUCCCCCGACCGGACCGUCGGGGAGCAGCUGCCGCCUCUCAGGUCAGAGCGCGCAAACGAUGCGCCUCUGAUUCAUCCGCAGUUUGAACACGCGGCGCUCAGGUGGAGAAGAGGAGGAGGAGGAGGAGAGGGAACCGCCGCUCGGGACGGAUCGGAUGAAAAUAGUCUGGGAUGCGCAAAAAGCGAGAGAUUGAGUGCACACUGACAGAACAUUUUUACCACCAUGUGUAGUUUAUGUCUUACAUUUCUUCGGAGAGUGGGGGAAAAGUUUGACUGUUAAAACAUGAUGUUCUGCGUCGCUGCUGAGGAUUCCGGUGUCUUUCGAAGUGGACAAGCAUCAUUUAAGAAAUAGCUGCGAUUCCUUUUUUUUUUUUUUUUUUUUUUUGGGUCCUUAUUUCUGUGCCAAAUCCAACAGAGGAGGCUUUUUAUUCUCUGCUCGUCAUCAUUCAACCGGGAUUGCAUUUAAAUUAGCCCCAGAAUAAUGGACUUCCUCGGACUGUACUUUCUGCAGCUGGCUCUCAUUGGAGUUCCACGCCUGGUUCUCUCUGCAGGCGGGAGGGACUGUCUGCGAGCCGGAGACACGUGCUCCAGCGAUGACACCUGCAGCCCACGACUGCGCACCCUCAGGCAGUGUGUGGCGGGAGAUGGCAGCAUGAAGCUGGGGCCCGGGGCGCGAAACCAGUGUGAGAAUGCAAUGACAGCGCUCUUGUCCACCCCUCUGCAUGGCUGCCAGUGUAAACGAGGAAUGAAGAGGGAGAAGAACUGCCUGAGUAUUUACUGGAGUCUCCAUCAGUCUGUGCUGCACGGACUCAGCUUGGUGGAAAGCUACCCCUACGAACCAGAGGAAAGGGGCUUUGACUAUGUUCGUCUGGCCUCCAUCGCUGCAGAGUCGGAGGUAACAACGGUGAACCGCUGCCUGGAUGCUGCCAAGGCAUGUAACAUAGAUGAGACAUGUCAGAAACUUCGUACAGAGUACGUCUCAGCCUGCAUUCAGCCAUCAGCCCGCUCGGGGCCAUGUAACCGACCAAAAUGCAACAAGGCGCUCAGAAAGUUCUUUGACCGUGUUCCCACUGACUACACCCAUGAGCUGCUGUUCUGCCCCUGCACCGAUACAGCCUGUGCAGAGCGCCGCAGGCAAACCAUCGUGCCAUCUUGUUCUUAUGAAGAAAAGGACAAGCCUAACUGCCUGGUUCAACUACGAAUCUGCAAGGCAGACUACGUGUGCAGGUCUCGCUGGGCACAGUUCCAAUAUGACUGCCAACCCUCUGAGCAAAGCACCAGUGGCUGCAAGCAGGAGAAUUACGGAGCAUGUCUCCUCGCAUACACCGGCUUGAUAGGAAGCACAAUAACCCCCAACUACCUUGACAACUCCACAUCCAACGUGGAACCCUGGUGCUCCUGCGCAGCAAGUGGCAACCACAGGGAACAAUGCAGCGACUUCCUCACUUUUUUCCACGACAAUGUUUGUCUGAAAAAUGCCAUCUUAGCCUUUGGGAAUGGAUCAGAUGUGAAAACUGGCGCCAGUCAGCCUGGGAUGCCAAGCCCAGCGACGGAUACCCAGAGCCAACACUUGGCGACCACCACUCCGGGCAUCUCCAUGGAAACAGAGCAGAAUGUUCUGCAAGCACAGAUACCUACUCAGGUAAAUGAAAAUGACAGAUUGUGGGGUGAUGAGGAAGACUCCACGCUACCCACUCCAAAUCUUUUGGACCACGSAGCUGAGUCUAUCCAUCCCUCCCUGCUGCUGAUUCUGAGCUGGCUGAUACUGGUGCAGCUCUCCCACCCAUAAGAAGCCUCCCUUACUGAGCCUUCAUGGACCAAGCCCAAGGUCCAGGAGAGGAUGGGUGGGGGUUGGGACACGAGAGAGAAAACAGCCAUGUCUGUGUGUCAAACAGUGGCGGGGUGGACCAUGAGCUCCAUCCUGCCCCGCUUCCCUGUCCUUCUUUGUCACAAAAAUCACUCUUUAUCUCUUUUUUGUGAAUCAUGACGAAAAGUGGUUGUGUUUUGAAGCCCCUGGCCCGAACAAGACUGUGGAGAGAAAAAAUGCCACCAUGGGAGAAAAACUGAAACUACACACUUCAUUUCCUCUUCCACUCAUUAUACACAAACAAAUAGAAACGUCUUUCUUCUGAAAUUAUCCGAACUACUAAUCUAUAGGAGAAGGGCCAGUGGGUUUUGAAGGUGUACAGUGAUGAGACACUGAAGUUGUAUUGCAGGAAAAACAAAGAUAUAUAUAAAACAAGACAAUUUUUUGUUUCUUUUUAGUCAUUCCUAACACACACACGCAC